GAGCAAAUGUGCCUCUAUGGAGAAGAUCGAGAAAUUUCAGAUCGUGUUCAACAAUCCCACGGCUACCUACUUCGCCGGAGAAACGGUCUACGGCUACGGUUGGUUGGUCGUCAAGGAAGCUGUGUACGUAUCGAGCAUCUGUCUGGAGGCGAUUGGGGAAGCUAAAGUGGAAUGGAUGACGUCAAGUGACAUCCAGAACUCUGAUGAGGAGAUCUUUAAUCAUACAUCCGUUUUACCGAUCAAAGGUGAGAAGCAGAUCAACGAUGAAGGAGUCCUCCACUCAGGCUCCCACUACUUCCCCUUUGAGUUCACCCUCCCCCAGCGGCUGCCGUCGUCGUUCAAGGGCAAACAUGGCCGCCUGCGGUACUAUGUGCGCAUGUCCGUGUACUCCCAGGGCGUGUUUCCGCAAUCAGGGCCCCACACGGAGAGGACGAGCAAGUUCGCCGUCAUAGGAUCGCUGGACCUCAACAACGAGCCUGAUGCCUCGCUCCCCGUGGAGAACGACACGUUCGAGGCCGUGGGCUCCUGGUGCUGUAUAGCCGGCACCGUGACGGCCAUGCUCAAGCUGGACCGCAAGGGCUACACCAUUAAAGAGGCCAUACCUGUCUACGCCGAGAUAAAAAACUUGAGUGCCAGGAGAAUAGCUUCAACACAGGUGUCACUCAUACAGAACGUGACCUACUACUCAUAUCGAGGCAGAUUUUCGGAGUCAACGACUCUGGUGACGGUACACAAGGGCCGUAUCGCCCCCCGGGGUAAACAAACUUGGAACAGGGAGCUGCUCAGUGUCCCCACAGUUCCGCCCUCCCACCUCAGGGGCUGUAAGAUUAUCGAUGUACAGUAUAGUAUAGAGCUUUGUAUUAAACCAUGCGGAGUGGCCAGGAAAGUCAAACUUCCGGUGGACAUCGUCAUCGGGACUGUGGCCUUGAGAGACCAGCAGCACAAGGUCACGUGCCACCCCCUCCUCUCCCCCGAAGACAACAACUUCCCCUUCCCUUUCUUCUCCGCCAACGACGACAGCGAGGUCUUCCUCACUGACCUGUCCAUGCACAACAUGCUGCCCACAGCGCCACCCUGGGAGGAGGACGAUGAGAUACCCUGACAUAUGACAUAUGUCAUUUAGGAUACAAAACAAUUUUAUUCCAAGUGUCAUUCCAUCCAUCGUCAAACUGUAGGUGAUCAUCAAGCUACUGCUAGACAUCUAAGGAAACUUCAGCUCACAAACAGGGGGGUUUAAACAGUUACGGGACUUUGUCACUGGAGGUUUAAACACAGUUAUGGGACUUGGUCCCUGUAGACUAGGUGGUGUUCGCUACUUGUGCUACUUACCAUGGGUGUCAUAAGAAAUAUACUCACCUUGCUAAAGUUGCUAUUGUUCUCAAGGCAACUAAUGAUAUUUUUUAAAUGUUUUUUUUUUUAAAUUUUUUGUGUAAUUAAGUUUAAUGAGUUAAAUGAUAGUUACAUAUCUUAGUAUGUGAAAGUAAUAACUAUUGUUGGCAAUAAUUAACUAGUUGUUUUUUUGAGACUUGCUGUUUACUCCCAAGUGUAGUAAAAUAACAUUGGAUUAACUUAGAAACAGAAACAAUGUGUGUAUAUUGCACAGCAAAGACCGUGAGAUGUUUCCCCAUGUAGUUGAAUGUUCGCAUUUUAAGUUUACUUAAUUGGUCAUCAAAAAAAGUUAUUAGUUCUAGUAUAGCAAAAAAAAAAAAAAUUUUAUGGCUAGAUAAACAUUUAUUUGAACUCCAGCAUCUCCAAUCUACAUUAUUUAAGGGAUGUAUUAGACUUUAGGUUUUCUUUUUUAAAAUAGUCUUUAAAGGGACACAACAAACAAUUAGAAUUUCAUUUCCGUUCUACCUCAGUUAUCUCCAUUUGUUUUUCAAAUCUUUAGAUAAAUUUUUCUUUUUAGAGCAAUGUUCAUCAGUGCUAAAUAUUAUUGGGUUUCUUUUUUUUUUGUAAACUUUUUUUUUUUAUAAUUGUAGUACUAAUAUGUAAUUAAUUUUGAAACUAUAAUUUGUCAUAAAGGAUGUAUUCUUUAAGAGCAAGUGAUUUUAAGAAUGAAAUGGAGAAACUUGGAAUAAAUGUAUUACAAUACCAGGCGCUUCACUAUAGAACAAUUUAUGAUAAGGGUGUAUUUUUUUAUGUAAAAAUUCGUUCAGUAUUGUGUCACAUAUGCAUAUACUCAAUAUUUCCUCACACAAUCAAAUAAUGUAAGUAAUUAUCUGCAUUAGAAAUGAGGGGAGCUCAAUCUGUCAAGCAGUGGUAGUCUUCUCUUGUUAUUUAGCCAGCAUUCACUACACAUACAUAUAUAAAUAUAUAUAUAUAUUAGAAAUAUUGUUUGUUUAUGUGUAACAAUAGAUAAUUAAAUGUACAUUGUUAUGAUUGAAUGUGCAAAAUUACUGCUUCUAAUUUUAGUUGUUAGAUUACGGUGUUUAAAUGGAAAUUGCUGUUCAGUGUAUAUUUUUUUUCUUUUUUCCACCUGAACUUAAAAAUCUAUUCAAGUGAGACACGUAAACACCUUAACUGAUAAUUGAUGAUGUAAAUGAUGUGUUUCAAGGUAUUCUGAUUUGUCGGAUUUGCCAUGCUACUACAAAAAAUGUUUUGAGUGUGUUUUAGGCCCAAAGCAACUGGCUUUCUUCUUUUCUUUGUUGUUACUGUUGUGUUGCAUAAUGUACGUAAACUGAUCACUUUUAUGUUUCAUGACAUAGUGUAACACUAUUGGAUCAUGUAUUAUGUGAUGGAUUAAAUAAAUACAAAAUAUC